AUGUCUAGUAAAUAUGUAAUGCACUAUACCGACUUCAUUGAGACUUAUGAAAAGCUUUUUCACAUAAAACCUUGCGAACCAAUCUCAGAAAUUUACAAUUUGAUAUCAAUAAUCCUGAUUUCCAAGAAUAAAACGAAUUCAAAUGAUUUUAUUAUGAGCAUAUUUAUGGCAAUUAAAUAUAAUUAUCUUUAUUUUAAUCAUUAUAUUAAAAUACUCAAUCUUUACUUUAAUCAAAAUUCAAUAACCAGAUUAAGAUUAGAUACCUUAUUGGACACUGCAAAAUCAUUAAAUUUGCAAUUUUUUAUUAACGAUACAGGUAUCUAUCAAGUCAGAUUUAUUCAAGAUACAUUUCCGAAAGAGAAUGAAAUUCAAAGCGUGAUCAUGAACGAUCAAAUUGACAAAAUUAUUGAAUUUACUAACAGUAAUUCAAUCGAAGAUAUUUGUAUUGAAGUUCCUGGUUUUCAGAAACUCACAGUCCUUGAAUCAUGCUGUUAUUUCGGAUCAGUAAAUAUUUUCAAUUACAUUACUUCAAAUUUAAAGAAAAGUAUAUCGCAAGAAUGUCUUCAAUACUCAUUUAUUGGCAAUAACAAUGAUAUCAUCAAUUUGUGUUUAAAUAAGCAUAAGAUUGAUAAAAUGUGUCUUGAGUAUAUUGUUGCAUCACAUAAUCACAAAUACUUGGAAUAUGUUUUCGAAAAAAAGUUAUUUGCGCCAAAAGAUUUUGAUUAUGAAACAAUUAUCAGAUCACAAAACUUAAAAGCUGUUUUCCUUAUGUUCUCUAAAGAUAAAAAUUCAAUAAUUCCAUGGUGUUCAUCAUUUUCACAAACUAUCAAUAUCCUUCAAAACGAAAAAAUUGAUUUUUCGAAAAAAUCACCAGAUCAACAAACUCUUCUUCAUUAUGCAUCUGCACAUAAUAAUGUUGACAUUUGCAAAUUUUUAGUAAGUUCUGAACGGAUCACUCCUAUAUUGUUGAAUGCAAAAGAUAAAAAUGAUAAAACAUCGCUUCAUAUUGCAUCUGAAUAUAACAAUAAAGAUGUUGUGGAAAUCCUUAUUGUGGGAUGCAUUGAUAUCAAUGCAAAAAAUAAUGAAGGAUUUACUGCACUCCAUUCUGCGGCAGUGUACAACAGCAAAGAGGCAGCCGAAUGUCUUAUUGCCCAUGGAAUAGAUAUAAAUGCAAAAGAUAAUUAUAUGUACAGUGCACUUCAUUGGGCAUCAUUGAAUAAUAGUAUAGAGUUUGUAGAAACCCUGAUUUUAAAUGGCGCAGAUAUUGAAGUUAAAAACAAAGAUUUUCAGACACCACUUUUCAUUGCAUCAUCUGUAAAUGGCAAAGAAGUUGCUGAAUGUCUAAUUUCUCAUGGUGCAAAUAUAGAAGCGAAAUCAAUUGAUAAUUUAACACCUCUUUUUUACGCCGUUAUUAAAAAUAGUUUUGAUGUAGUAGAGUUCCUUAUUUUGCAUGGUGCUGAUGUUAAUGUAAAAUAUAAAGAUGGCGAUACUCCUCUUCAUUGUUCUGUAAUUAUGAAUCAUGCAAAUAUAGCAAAGAUUCUGAUUUUGCAUGGUGCAAAUGUCCAUGCAAGAAAUAAUUUUCUUAGAAUUCCACUUCAAAAUGCCGCCACAAAAGAUAAUAUUGAUAUUCUAGAGCUUCUUAUUCAUUAUGGUUCUGAAGUCAAUGCUAAAGACAGUGGAGGAGAAACUGCUCUUCACUAUGCAGUUAAGAGUAAUAAUAUUGAAGCAAUCAAAAUCCUUUUAUCACAUGGUGCUGAUAUUAAUGCAAAAAAUAAUAUUGGCCAAACAGCUAUUUAUUUUUCGGUAUAA